UCUGCUUGUUAGGAGCUGCCAUGCGGAGUCGGGGAGGAAGCUACCCGGCGGGAGACCCGAGGCUGAAGCAGCGAGUUAAGCAGUAUUUGAGCAGUAAUAAAUGUGGCCAGUACGUUGAUAUUGGGAUUUUAGCAGCUGAUCUACAGAAAACAUACAGUGCAGAUUAUGGAAGAAGAAAAAGAAAUGCCUUUAGAAUACAGGUAGAGAAAGUUUUUGGGAUAAUAAGUAAAGAGCUGAAGUCUGAGGAUUUGGAGACUGUAGAAGAUGAACAUUUGGCAAAGAAAGCAAGGCACAGAGGAGGCAAAGAGGAUUCGGAAAGCUGCAUGGAUACCUCAGAUACUGAUACUGAACAUCCAUCCUCCAAUUACAUGAACAAUUCUUUAUUAACCUUAUACCGGAAAGAAAAUCCAGAUUCCGCUCCAGAAACUGCUAUGGAUGUGCUAACAAAAUCCAGCGCUCCCCCUCAAGUAGCCCCUGAUACCAGGAUUUCAGAAGGCGGAUGGUUUAUUGAUAAAACCCCAGGCAGAAAGGAGGAUAACUUUUUUAUUGAUCUGUGUGAAGAAGAAAGCGACAGUAGCAAACAGAUAGCUGAGAAUUCGAAAGACCUUUCUUUUGUGAAGAUUGAAAGGAAGAAGCCCAAGAACAAAAGACUUAAAAGGAGGAAAGAGGACUCUCAAGAUGUAGAUGAAGAAAUAGAAUCUGAUUUGUGGAAACGGAAAGGUAAACCAAAAGGAAUGGAGCUGCGGACCUCUUCUGUAAAGUUUGAGGAUGUAGGAGGCAAUGAUGAGAUUUUGAAGGAAGUAUGCAAGAUGCUGAUACAUAUGCGUCAUCCUGAGGUAUAUCAACAUUUAGGAGCUGUUCCACCUCGAGGUUUUCUUUUGCAUGGACCACCAGGGUGUGGAAAGACCUUACUAGCGCAAGCUGUUGCUGGGGAACUUGAGAUACCAAUUCUGAAAGUAGCAGCUACUGAGAUAGUGUCGGGAGUGUCAGGUGAAUCAGAACAGAAGUUAAGAGAGCUGUUUGAUCAAGCUGUGGCCAGUGCUCCAUGUAUUCUGUUCAUAGAUGAGAUAGAUGCUAUCACGCCCAAGAGAGAAGUUGCCUCAAAGGACAUGGAGCGGAGGAUUGUAGCCCAGCUUCUAACCUGCAUGGAUGACUUGAAUAAUCUGGCUUCUGCUGCUCAGGUCCUAGUCAUUGGAGCAACCAACAGACCAGACUCACUGGACCCAGCCCUGAGACGUGCAGGAAGAUUUGAUCGUGAAAUUUGCUUGGGGAUUCCAGAUGAAACAGCCAGAGAAAAAAUUCUGAAGACAUUGUGUCGGAAGCUUAGACUCCCAGAAUUGUUUGACUUUCAUCACUUGGCUCAUAUGACUCCAGGCUACGUUGGUGCUGAUCUCAUGGCACUUUGCCGUGAAGCAGCUAUGUCCACUGUGAAUAGAAUUCUUGUUAAACUGGAAGAGGAGAAACCUGAAGCCCUAAAUAGUGAAGAAAAAGAACCUGGGCCAGCCAUGGAGAAGAAACUAGACAAGCCUAUAAAAAAUGAUACUGAAGUUCCAGAGCUUCCCACUAAAGAUGAAUUGCAAAGAUUGCUUUGGUUGCUAAAGAAUCCAGACCCCCUGGGGAAGGCUCAGCUGCAGAAGCUCUGCAUUGAGAUGAAUGAUUUCAUUGUUGCUCUGUCUUCUGUGCAGCCCUCUGCCAAGAGGGAAGGCUUUGUCACAGUCCCUGAUGUGACGUGGGCAGAUAUCGGAGCCCUGGAGGACAUUCGGGAGGAGCUCACCAUGGCAAUACUGGCACCUGUGAGGAAUCCUGAGCAGUUUAAAGCCCUGGGCCUGACAGCACCAGCUGGUGUGCUACUUGCUGGGCCUCCUGGUUGUGGCAAAACAUUACUUGCAAAGGCUGUAGCAAAUGAGUCUGGGCUGAAUUUCAUUUCAGUGAAAGGUCCUGAACUGCUGAAUAUGUAUGUGGGGGAAAGUGAGCGUGCUGUACGUCAGGUUUUCCAGCGUGCAAGGAAUUCUGCUCCUUGUGUUAUAUUCUUUGAUGAAAUUGAUGCUUUGUGUCCUCGGAGGUCAGACCGUGAGGCAGGAGCCAGUGUCCGUGUGGUGAACCAGUUGCUAACAGAGAUGGACGGUUUGGAAUCCCGUCGUCAGGUUUUCAUUAUGGCAGCCACCAACAGGCCAGAUAUUAUAGACCCAGCUAUUUUGCGUCCAGGAAGAUUGGAUAAAACACUCUAUGUAGGUUUGCCACCACCUUUGGAUCGCCUUGCCAUUUUAAAGACUAUCACUAAAGGGGGAACCCAACCACCAUUUGAUGAUGAUGUGGACCUUGAAGAAAUAUCUCAUGAUCCACGCUGUAACUGUUACACGGGAGCAGACCUUUCAGCUCUUGUGCGGGAAGCUUCUGUUUGUGCCCUGAGGCAGGAAAUGGUGAGGCUGGACAGCACAAGCAAGACAGGAGAAAUCAAGAUUACCAAAAAACACUUUGAAGAAGCUUUCAAGAAAGUGAAAUCUUCUGUUUCAAGAAAGGACCAAAUAAUGUAUGAAGAACUGUGCCACUCACUAAGCAGGUGAUAGUUGGAUGAUUCCAGAGGCUGACCUUUUACUUACCACAAAGAGCUCUCCUGGCAGAGUUUUCUAGAAGCUUGUUUCUGAAGAACUUGGACUUAGUUCCACUUGACCCCUGCUUUAUACUUGCCCCCCACCAAUGAUCAUGGACAAUUUCACCAUUUGACUUUUGGUACAGUGAGAUAAAUACUUCCUUCCAGUGCUCUGCUUAUGAACUGAGAUGAGCAGCAAGAAGCCAUAUCUAAUAUAUAUCUUCAUGGACUUCUGGCUCUAGCCUAAGCUCUACAACAUAGAGAGGGAAGGAGGUGAUCAAGCAGUGUUGUGAUGACAGCAGAAGCCUUGCUACCUGCCAUUCCCUUUCAGAAAAGUAGGCUGGAAGACCCAGCUGUUGUACAUUUGGAUCCAUGUAACAGAACCCCAGCAAAAGGUGCGUAGUAGUUGGAAGAGAGACUGACAUGGGAUUGCUUUGGCUAAAAUUAAGAACUAUACAUUAUGGUGGGGAAAUUAAGGAUGUAUUUAUGUCUUCCCUCUUGUAAUCAGUGAGGCAUAGAAUGCUUACCUUUGGUUGGAUUGUGCCUCAUCAGCACCAUAUCCAACGAUGUGUGGAUGCAGCCCAUCACUGUAAUUCACAACUGAUUUUCCAGGAGGUCAGUGAUUGUUAUCACUGUGCUAUAUUGUGUAUGUCCAUUGAUGUGUGUACUUGCAGCCUUUCCGUGGAUAGUAUAUUAAUCUUCAGUGUGCCACUGUAUGUGCCUCCUUACUCAGCAGUCCUUGUCCCCUACCAGUAACUUAUGGUGGUCUGUUGAGAUACAUCAGUUUCAUACAUUUUUUGUAGCAACUCUCAACUUUCAUAACUGCUAUUAGUCUUAAAGAUAUAUUUCUCACAGACAUAGAUGUGGUGCAAAAUCUACACCAGUCAUAUGUUUCACUCAAAAGAAUUAAUGUUCCUCUCUAGAAAAAUUUUUCCCUGCACAUAGAAAACUAGAUUCUGGAGAAAAGGAAUGUAGCCUAGCCCUUCUUCUGACAUGCUAGUUUUUCUAUGUGUAGGAAUUAGGGAGUGUUAAAAGAAACCUCAUAAAUCCUCUCUUCAGUAUAUAAUGAAACUGUCAGGAUUCAUUUGCUGUUUGGAAACUAGGCCGCAAUAAAAACUGGUAAUAGCACAUUUUGAAGGAGCAACAGUUUAUUUCCUUUGUGAGGACAUUCAUUUUUUUACUUUCCACGUUUGUAGAAUAAAAUUGUUCAAAAUUAUCCGUAUUUUUUUCUGGAGUAAAAUUCUUUGGCACAAAAUACUUAGGUGACAUUCUCCAAGGAGGAUUGUUUUUUAGUAUAGCUAAACAAAGGAAAGUAAAACAUGAACGUUUUAGCAGGGAUGGAUGUUUCCACAGGAGGAAAAGUAUAAAUAGGUGCAGUAGCUUGAGGAGUUUAAUGCCAGCUAAGCUCUCCAAGACCUUGGUCAUUUCCACACGUCUUACCUGCUUGUGGAACGUAGUGCGAAAGACCUGGAAGACAGCGUCUUCUCACGCUAAAUCAUGUGCAAUUUCGCACCAAACUCCCGGAUAACAGCGUCUUCCUGGCGCAAUUUCGCCCAAAAAGAGGCUGUCUUCCAGGUCUUUCGCACGAUGUUCCACAGGCAGGUAAGACAUGUGGAAAUGGCCAUUGGUUCAAGUCCUCCUGUGCUGAUGGCCCUGUCACUUCUUUGCAGUGAAGAUCCUCAUAUACAGCAGUGUGCCCAGCUUUCUUGCUAUAAAUGAGGAUCUGUAACUGUGGUUCAUUAAUUAUAUAAAAUUUAUUCCAUGUUCAGAGGCAGUAUACCUUUUGUACUUUAGAUGCUGAGGCCCAAUGGGGAAGACAGUUGCCUCUAAUAUCCUUAGGACAUCUGCUUGACCACUGUUUACAUAUUCAUGCUUUUGUCACUGGGCCUAACAAUAGCAUGAAAACAAAUCUAAGCCUUUGGGUUUCUUCUUUCAGAACUAACUAAUCCAAUGUAAUUCAUUAGGAACACUAAAGGAUACCAAACUAACUUGUCCAUGGAGGCAUGGCAUUAGAAUUUUAGAAUGUUCUGUCUGAAGCUGAAAAGAGAGAACAUAUACAUUUCGAUAGCGAGAGUUCAGUAAAAGCUGCUUGUGUAGUAAAUCUGCUUUACUUCACUGCACAGAGACCACUUCAAAAUAAAAAUAAUUAAUCCUCUAAGUGUACUUCAUAUUGAUGCCCCAAACACAACUACAAAAUUUCUAUUUCAGGUAGCAAACACAAUGGACUCUGAAAAUGUUCUUCGUUUUAAAUUUAUUCCUGUAUAAGGUUUUUUGAAAUAUAUGUUUUGUUUUGUAAACUGAUUCUUAAAGUCAUGUAAUGUGCAAUCCCAUUUAUUACAAUGUUAUUGAUUUAAAAGCAUUUUCUCAUUAAAGUCUUUUCCCACUGUUAAGUGAACUGGGCCAAGAAUGAAUUUCAGUAGUUCUGACUUGGAUGAGAUAUUACAGGUGGUCUUAUGAAAUCUGUGUCAACAGUGAUCCAUUGUCUAAUGGGAAUAAAUUGUUGUUUGGAUGGUU